AUGUUAUAACAAAAAUUAUUUCAAUAACUUUCCGAAUAAAUUCAUUAAUAUGCUUAUGGAGAUUCUAUCCAUUUUAGGUAUGUUGUAUUAUAUACAUCCUACGAAAAUCUUAUAAUUAUUGCAGAAGACAAAUAUAAGUUAUCUGUCUAAAUAGAAACUUUAAAAUGGAAAAGAGAUCCCAUCAUCUCUAUGAAAUUCCAAACCUUUGCUGUACAUAUCCUAACAAUGGAAGGUGAAUACAUAGAAAUAUUACUUUCUAAUCUAUUUCAAUAAAACAAACAACAGGACAAUCUUCUUUCAAUUAUUGAAAUUAAUGAAGCUUAUUUACCAAAUAACAUGAAAUUAAAAGAAGCUUAUUAAAUCAAGAGAUUUAGUGAUUUUGUCAUUAUGAACAAGAUUAAACUAAAAAUAGCCUUCAUCUCUUAAUAGGGGUAAAUCCUAUUCUAUAGUCCUGAUUAAAAGGUAAUCACUUAAAUUAUUGCACUUCGAUAAAGUCUAGUUUCAUUUUAAACUAUUGAAAUAGAUCAAAAAGAAAUGAUAGUUGGAGUCACUGAAUUAAAUGAUUUAAUUACUUUUAGUGAUAAUGAAUAGGAACCAUAAAUACAUCGAUUUACAGACCCAAAUUAUUCUAUAAAUCAUAUAUAUUUUGUUGGAAAUGAGAAUAUUUUAAUUUUGUAAGAAAAAAAAGCUGAAUAUCGAUUUGUUAAGUAUCAAUUAAAACAACUUAAAUUUGUUAAAAAAUAUUAUUAUCUACCAAAAGAUGAUUGUCAUUAUAAAUUUAUUGAAAUACAUGAAUUACCAAAAAUAUUUAUUGCUUUAGUUUUUUCAACCUUUUCAGAUUAAUUCUAAAUAAUUUCUUUUUCUAAAAAAGUACUUUAGGAUCGUAUAUUCAAAAAUAUUUAAUUGAAUUUUCAAAACGUUAUUGAUGAAUUUAAUAACCCUAUUAAUUUUAGCAAUAUCCUAAAUUGCCCUGAAACAUCUACUUUAAAUAUUAAAGAGAUUUAAAAUUAAGCAAUUCAUUUCUCUAAAUAUAAUUAAUAGUUUGGAAUUAAAAUAACUAAAAAAAAAAUGAAUGAAGUUUUAUAAUCUGAUUCUUAAAUUUUAAAUAAAGAUGAUUAAGUUUCAAAAACCAAGUAAAUAAAAUAAUUAAUUUAUUAAUAGAAAUUAUGAUUAGUUUUGUAGCUUAUUAAUAACUUCAACAUAAAUAUAUACAAUAUCAAUAUCAUAGGAUUGUGUUUAGGAACUUACAUUUAAAGUUCUUUAGUAAUUUGAAAACUAUUAAAGAACUUUUGGUUCUAUUCCAUAAAUAAAAUUGAGUUGGUAAGAGUAAGUAAUUUCUAAUUUAUGGCAUCACUUAAAUUGUGAGUAAGGUUUAAAACUCUAUUUUUCAAAAAAGGAUCAAGUUUCGGAAAGUAUUCACUCUUGGGUCAAUUCCUUAAAAUUUACUUAAUAAUUGAUAUAUCAAAUCCCUGAGGAUGAUGAAAAUCAAGAAAUUGAGAUUGAAACAUAAUAUGAUAAAUGUUUGACUACAAUAGCAUUAUUAAAUUUCAAGAAUCUUUCAAAUGAAAUAUCAAUAUCAAAAAUUGUUGCAAUGGUAUUUAACAAAGCUUUAGCAUAAUGUAGUAAGAUAGUAACAGAUAAUUCUAAUUCCUUUUUGUAAUUGAUUCAAUGUAUUAAACAAAAUAGUAAUCCAGUAUUAUGUUAUAAUUAUUGGAAACAUUCUUAGUAACUAUUAUUUAUUUUAAUUAAUAUUCUUGAAGUUUGGCUUACAAAUACUAUGAUAAAAUAUGAUGUAAUUUUGCUUAAUUCCUAAGAGUUUUUUGAACCACUUUUUUUUAAUAAAAUUAGAAGUUUAAUAGUUUGUGCAAAGGUUCCUAUUAUGCUUAGAUUAAAAUUAAUUAUUUUCUUAUAAGAUUCAUCAUUCAUAAAAUUAUUCACUUUAGGUGUUCAAACUAUUUCAGAGAGAUAAGAGUUAAUAUAAUUUAGUAAAGUUUGUAAUAUUACAAAUGAUGCUCCUUCAUUUAAUAUAUUUAGUAUUUCAUAUUUAAUAGAUGAGUGUGAUAAGAAAUACAUAUAAAAUUUGAUAUAAAUUUCAGGAAAUUUGGGGUCAAUGAAUAAAUAUGAACCAACAAAAGUUAAAAAUCCAUCAUUUGGAUUAAUAAUUAUGAGUAUUUUAAAGUAAUCAUCUAAUGAGUAUGAAAUUUGUAAAAUCAUAAAUUGGUUUUUAUCUUGA